GACCUGUGACUCUAGCGGGGGAACCCACCGGCCACAGCGGCCACGCGGACUUUGCCCAGUUCAGGGGGCGGAGCGGCCUGCGGCUCUGCAGGCGGACCGACUGCAAAGAUGUUAGCCUUUGCCGCCAGGACCAUGGUGAAGCCCCUGGGCCUCCUAAAGCCCUCCUCUUUGAUGAAGGUUUCCGGCCGCUUCAAGGCACACCAGGAUGCACUGCCACGACUGCCCGUGCCCCCACUCCAGCAGUCUCUGGACCACUACCUCAAGGCACUGCAGCCUAUUGUGAGCGAGGAGGAGUGGGUCCAGACCAAGCAGCUGGUGGAAGAGUUCCAGACCUCAGGGGGCGUGGGUGAGCGCCUGCAGAAGGGCCUGGAACGCAGGGCCAGGAAAAUGGAGAACUGGCUAUCCGAGUGGUGGCUCAAGACGGCCUACUUGCAGUACCGCCAGCCUGUGGUCGUCUACUCCAGCCCGGGCGUGAUGUUACCUAAACAGGACUUCGUGGACCUACAGGGCCAGCUGCGGUUCGCUGCCAAGCUCAUUGAGGGUGUACUGGAUUUCAAGGCCAUGAUUGACAACGAGACCCUGCCCGUGGAGUACCUUGGGGGCAAGCCGCUAUGCAUGAACCAGUACUACCAGAUCCUGUCCUCAUGCCGGGUGCCGGGCCCCAAGCAGGACUCAGUCAUCAACCUCCUCAAGACCAAGAGGCCACCCAUGCACAUCACGGUGGUGCACAACUACCAGUUCUUUGAGCUGGACGUCUACCACAGCGACGGCACGCCCCUCACCUCAGAUCAGCUGUUCGUGCAGCUGGAGAAGAUCUGGAACUCCUCCCUGCAGACCAACAAGGAGCCCGUGGGCAUCCUUACCUCCAACCACCGCAACUCUUGGGCCAAGGCCUACAACACCCUCAUCAAAGACAAGGUGAACCGGGAGUCCGUGCGCUCCAUCCAGAACAGCAUCUUCACUGUGUGCCUGGACGCCGCGGUGCCCAGGGUCUCAGAGGACGUCUACCGCAACCAUGUGGCCGGGCAGAUGCUGCACGGGGGCGGCAGCAAGCUCAACAGCGGCAACCGCUGGUUCGACAAGACUCUGCAGUUCAUUGUGGCAGAGGACGGCUCCUGUGGGCUUGUGUAUGAGCACGCAGCCGCGGAGGGGCCCCCCAUCGUCACCCUCGUGGACUAUGUCAUGGACUUCACGAAGAAGCCAGAGCUGGUACGGUCACCCAUGGUUCCCCUGCCUAUGCCCAAGAAGCUCCGGUUCAACAUUACCCCUGAGAUCAAGAGUGACAUCGAGAAGGCUAAACAGAACCUGAGCAUCAUGAUCCAGGACCUGGACAUCACCGUCAUGGUGUUCCACCACUUUGGGAAGGACUUCCCCAAGUCACAGAAGCUGAGCCCUGACGGCUUUGUGCAGAUGGCGCUGCAGCUGGCCUACUUCCGGAUGUACAAGCAGGUGUGCGCCACCUACGAGAGCGCCUCCCUGCGCAUGUUCCAUCUGGGCCGCACCGACACCAUCCGCUCGGCCUCCAUGGACUCACUGGCCUUUGUCAAGGCCAUGGAUGACCCCAGCGAGACGGAGCACCAGAAGGUGGAGCUGCUGCGGAAAGCCAUCCAGGCACACCGAGCCUACGCGGACCGUGCCAUCCGCGGGGAGGCCUUCGACCGGCACCUGCUGGGCCUGAAGCUACAGGCCAUCGAGGACCUGGUGAGCAUGCCUGACGUCUUCAUGGACACCUCCUACGCCAUUGCCAUGCACUUCAAUCUCUCCACCAGCCAGGUGCCUGCCAAGACGGACUGUAUCAUGUUCUUUGGGCCAGUAGUCCCAGAUGGCUAUGGGGUCUGCUACAACCCCAUGGAGACCCACAUCAACUUCUCCGUGUCGGCCUACAACAGCUGUGCGGAGACCAACGCGGCUCGCAUGGCGCACUACCUGGAGAAAGCGCUGCUGGACAUGCGGGCACUGCUACAACAGCACCCCCGUGCCAAGCUCUGAGCUCUGCACCCCUGCUCAGGCUGCCCCCCACACCCCUCACCAGGC